CAUAAUUAGGCGCAAUUCACUAUUACAUAAUACACUUGUCAUCUAAUUUCUUUGUCUCUGUGUUAAUCUUACAAAAUAAAACAAGCAUAUUAGAUUUUAUAAGCAGAACCAAUAAUCAUACAACUAUGAAAAUAGAAAACCUUUUUUCAAUUUUUGUAACCGCAUACUAAAAUUCUUUUGCAAAUAUAUUUUUUAUACUGGAGCUGACGAUGUAAGUAACUCUAGGAGCCAUAAAGGAGCAUGGGAAAGCCACGAUUGGUCAUUCAUGAAUGAUUUUCUUAAUAGGCGAUCAGAUUGCAUUACUCAAGGAAAACAAUUAUUGUAUCGACGGGAUUCAAACGUAUCUCUGAGCUAAGCCUUGAUGUGUCGUUUUAGGUAAAAAAUGAUAAAACCGACAAAUUUCCGCCUUAUUCAAAUAAAAUGGAAGACUGAAGGAUUCUCGUCCAAAAGGCUGCUGCAAUUAAAAUACGUAUCACGUCUCGUGGUUUAAAAACUUUGCAUUCAGCACCACUCGAUAUAGGCCGAGUUUAUUACCAUUCAGUACGUCUGGCUUGACACGCGUGUUUAGUGAAGAAUGUGGAACGAAAUAUGGACACUCGUAUUGGUUACUGGUUUCAUACCGUUAAGUGAAAUGGCAAUGCUACGGUGUUAUCAAGGGUCUAUGGAUAAUUACACAACAUUCUCACUGGAUGACCCAACGUCUGUACUAAAAUCCUCAUGUUUCGAUACAUCUCUGCCUACCAUUGUGUAUACAUUUGGAUACAGAGGGAAAUGCACAGGUCCGGCCACCUCAGCUAUGCUAAACGGUUACAUUGACACAAAGAAACGAAACGUCAUCCUUCUAGACUGGGAAGAGGAAGCUAAAAGUAGAAUUCUCGGCAUAUCUUUGGGUUACGCCGUGUUUGCAUUGCCCAAUAGUAAACGGGUAGGUCAAGAGCUAGGCGCGGCAAUAUUAAAACUUUAUAAAGAUGGGCUUGCAAUGGACACCCUACACCUCAUUGGCCAUUCACUUGGAGCUCACCUCAUGGGCUACACUGGAAGAUGGAUUCGCGAACAAGGAAUGGUCAUACCAAGAAUAACAGGCUUGGACCCAGCGAGAGCUUUAUUCGAAGGGAUUUUUGCUACUCAAACCGGAUUAGAUCGAACCUGUGCAAAAUUCGUGGACAUUGUUCAUACGAAUCCUGGGAAUUAUGGUACCACCAAGUCUGUGGGUACAGUAGACAUCUGGCCAAACUACUCAUCAGAUGGUAUGCAACCUGGAUGCCCCAGAGGAUCAUAUCCUAUGUUCAGUUGGGAUGACCUCUGCAGUCACAAUAGAGCCGUUGAAUAUUUCGCGGAAUCGUUGAAGAAUGGAACUGAUUUUCCUGCAGCUUCAGCUUCAUCAUAUGACAGCUGGGUUAUCUCUGACGAACCUUCGAACGACACCAUUUAUUUAGGCGAACUAGUCAACAUUCGCUCCCGGGGGAAUUACUACUUAUCAACAAAUGGUCAGUCUCCAUACCAUAAAGGUCUAGAUGGAAUUAUCCCCCACGAACAGGAGAGAAAACGAAGACAUGUGUCAGAAAUGUAUAGUUUAAUGGGAGUUCUGGAAGCAUUGAUGGGCUUUUGAUAAGCGAAUUGCCCUAAUGCAGAACAAUGUCAAUUCGGAAUAUUGAUAUAGGUA